CGUGCAUGCGUAUGUCCGUGCGUGUGUGUCAACUAGUUGUUAGCUAGCGCUAGCUACCCAGUUAGCUAGCUUGUUGAAACAUUUUAACAUAGGCACCGUUUAUGCCAACAAACAGCUGCCGUUCACCAUGAGAGAGGGCCUCCGCUCCCGCUACAUGUCUGGCAGCCUUUAACGCCAAAGAGGAUGAAGGGACUGUGACAAAACAAUGAUAAGUUAGCCAACGCCAACAAAAAGUAAGCUACAGUUUUUGGACAGGCGCUUGCCUUGCUCGCUAGCAUCCUGAGAAGGAAAGCUCUGAGAUUUUGCAAGGACUGGAUGCGGAAGGAGGAUAUGAGGCAAACUGGACAACUAAUGCUAAUUGUAAGCUCUACUCCAAAUGUGGAAAACAUUUCACUGUGAGCACCAUUAUCAGAUCUAUCAAGCUAACAUUAGCCAGUGACGAGCAACUAACACUCACCUAGCUACCAACGGUUAAGCUAACUUGUUGUUGUAGGCUGGCGUUACAUUUACCCAGCUAACGAUAGGGACAUUACCCAGCUUGAAAUGCUGAUAUAUGCGGCCUAGCAUUAGCCGGUAACUAGCGUCAAACAGUCUAAUGAUGUUUAACGUUUGUCAGCCUGUUUGCUGCUGCUGUCGAUUAUGUUUUUAUAUUCGCCGAGGUGAUUGAAGGCGUUGGUGGUUGAACAGGUCGAAUUUUGUGGAUCAUAAAUGCACAGAGAUAUUCGUUAGCUAGGCUAAAUGGUCUGCUAGCUUGCUAAUGUCAAUCGGAAAACUUAAUCUAGCUGGCACAGCAUUGGCUUGAACAUGAGAAUAGGUGGUUUUAAGCUCUGUCAUUCUGUCUGUAGUCUGGUAGAUAUAUCAACCAUCUUAUGUAGCUUCCCUGUGACUUUGGCUUGGUUAGGAGAUAAACUUUACUCAAUUCAAUCACUGUCACGUUUGUGUCAGUUAAAGUCAUUCUCACCUGAGCUGUUAGUGAUCAGUUAAGAAGUCUACAACUCUACUGUGAUAGCUGGUCAAAUAAUUAUACUGGGAGCUAAAGUAAUAGAUAUUAAUGAUAAUGUUUGACUCAACAUAAGUAUAACCCCAUUUACAUUGUGAUCUGUUGCUAAAUUAAUUCAUAAUCAGCUAGAAAUCAAGAGGAAACUACAGUUUCAUAAGCAUCAUGUGGAAUAUAAGGAAGUACUUGAAUUAAAACAAACUCAAAAGACACUUUAAGGUGCUUAUCUCCACAUAGAUAUGUGCAUGUGGACAGCUGACAGAUUUCUACCACAACAUUCAGACUUACUGUGUGAUUUACAGUGUAAUUUCAUGAAUGGGUUGUUGCUUAGCAUUCCUGUUUUCCCACUGAGUGCGAUGUAUUAAAAUGUAGCUACAUAUGAGAUACAAACCAGUUUUGAUCUUUCUUACAGAUGAAUGUUUUUUCAUACAUUCAGUGGGUUACCAAUGUGCCAAAAAGUCACUCUCCUGAUUACCCAGCAAGGAUUAGGCUAGAGUGUGGCAACGUCAGUGCAGGGAGAGAGCACGUACUGGCACAAGAAUAUGCAAGGACUUUUGACCUCAACUGAAGUGUACAUAUCCAAGACACAGAACUAUUGUCCUUGAUGAAACAGUCUUGGUUAACCUGCCAUCCCCAAUGGAAGUGCCAUCGUAGACACAAGUUACUGUGGCUCGAACUGCUGCACAGUUUUUUGAGCUACAGCCUCGAAGGAAGCAUUUCAGCUUCUGGUUGAACUCGAAGGUGGAGAUGGGUUCCCAAGCUCUUCAGAUACUGCGGCAGGGUGUGUGGGCUUCGCUCACAGGAGGCUGGUAUGUGGACCCACAUCAAAGCACGUUCUCCAACUGCUUCCACCUCUACCUUUGGAUAUUUCUUCUGGCCUUCCCCUUUUUGCUGUACAUGGCUCUUCCUCCUAGCUUGGUGGUUGCAGGCGUGUACUCUGCUGUAGUGGCAGUCUUCUUCACAGCCAUUAAGGUGGUGAACUACCGGCUCCAUGCUAUGUUCGACCUUGGGGAGAUUGUAGAGAAGAAGCAGGCCUCACUCACAGCCGAAGCCCCAAAGACAGAGGAGGGAGAUGAAGGUUCAGGUGCCCAUGAUGGGAAUCAGCACAGGGAUAGUCAUGUUGGUGUAGAGAUGACAGUGUUUCGGAAGGUCAACUCAACACCCCCGGUGCGCUGUAGCUCCCAGCACUCUCUGUUUGGAUUGAACCAGGUGUCGGAGUUCUUGCCCCAGCUGGAGGAUUCAGGAGGCACUAAGGAUAUCAAAGAGCUAAUGCGAGAACAAGGAAGCAAUAAUGUGAUUGUUACAUCAGCUCACCGAGACAUCCUACGCCAGAGGUCCCAGGACACCAUCAGAGCUCCCAGUGUGGUCCAGUCCUGCAUUGCUGCUGCUCUGGGAGGAGAUUUCCCAGGUCUCAUGGGAGUAUCUGGAAUGUCAGCUGGAUUUGGAGAACCUGGAGACUGCUUGUCUAUCCCCCCUUCACCCUCUAGUCAAGAAGAUGGAGGCGAGAAAGAACAGUUGCAGGAAGUGGAGGAGUUACCAGAACAACUGUCUCAACAGAGUCCCGAGGACAAUGGGUUGGGGGCUUAUUCUCCCCUCGGCCCCUCUGCUGAGUCUGAGAGCCUUGGGGAUACUCCCCUUAGCCCCCUUAUAAAGAGCAGCUUAAGUGAGGAGCUGAGUGAAAAUCUCCUGGGUUUGGGCCUUGACCCUGUGGCGUUUGCACCUGGGACUGAGCACCCAGGCAGCCGCAGUGGGGUAGCACUAGCUGCUGGAUCCACGGACAGCUGUUUCAGUGCAGGUGGAGCCACCACAGACCGUGAGACGCUAAGCACAGUUAGCAGUUACCGCAGUGAAAAAACAGAUUCCACUCAGCUGGAAAGUCCUUCAUUCAGCCAGCCACGGCCUGCAGAUGGACAGGCGCCUGCCUCAGCACCAGCGUUAGGCUCUAACAUCCCCGAGCCCUCAGAGGAUCCAGCAGGACAGGGAGGCAGUGAUACUGACAACCUGUCAGACAGUGUGCUACUGCGCUCCCCUUCCAAAGAAUUCUCCCUCAGCCAGGGGCUAGACAGGACACUUGUUGAAGGAGAGGAUUUGUCCCCUGUACCCUGUGAUAUUGCACAGCCCCGUCCUCUCCAGAACUCUUCCCCUUCGAGUAGUGGCCACUCAGAGGUUUGUGAUUUAGACAGAAAUGUCCAAGUUCCUCCUCUACCCCCACCUCGGCAGGCCAAUUCAGUGCCCUCAGGGCUGGCCCUGGGUCUCGUUUGCUCUGAGCCUGCUUUGCCCAUAUCCUCUACCCCCUUUUUACUGUCUGACCAGCCUGCUCUACAAACCCAGCAGGUUGUGCGCCCUAAAGACUUAAAGCUGCUGCGGGCCAGCGGCAGUAGUGUGGGGCACAGGCCUGGCCGAAGGAAAGCACCACGACGGCGAGCUGGAGCGGGAAGCAGUAGUUUUGACUGUGGCUCUUACAGGCGUCACCACAAUCAUAGACAACACAGAGAUUACAUCCCAGUGCGCAACCGACUGGGCGCCAAGGCUUACAGUGAAAGUUUGUUUGAGGACUCCAGCGACGAGGACGACGGCAGUGACAUGAGCGCUGGGUCCAGUCUGGGCUCUCAGCGCCGGUACAGCUCGGAUGACGACGACGACGAUGACGACUCAAGUUCCUCUACCUCCUGCUACUCCCCGGACCUCGCUAACACUGGCAUUACAUCCCCGCUCCCCCCUGCUGCUCAACUGCCCACUCCAAGGGAAGGGGAUUUACCUGAAACUGCUGGCCCCUCUCAUUCUCGCGCUGCUCAGCGCUCUUCUAGCACUGCGAGUGCUAAGACUCACGCAAGAGUGCUAAGUAUGGACGGGGCAGGUGGAAGCCAGAGCAACACAGCGGCUUUGCCUUCUACUCUGCUUACAAUGCCCUCCACCUCCACCCCUGCACCUCGCACUCUCACCAUCUCUAAGUCUGAUCUUGAAGCUCGCACCAUCCAUACUGACGGCUUCCCUGGAACUCAUCAUCAUCGACUAGAUUCUCUCGGGGGCUCUUGGACUGGCAACCAGAUGGGCUGGAGGGCAGAGGAGCUGGUUGAAGAGGGAGCAGUGGGAGGAGCCAUGGCUCCAGAGGAUGGGGGCAAACACGACUCGGUCAGCAGUGUUAAGAGGACCCAGGCCAUCCGCAGGAGACACAAUGCUGGGAGCAACCCUACACCGCCCCCGUCCACCAUGGGAUCCCCUCCCAGCCUUCAGGACCUCCAGCGGGCUAGGACCUCCUCUCAUUCACGGACCCGCACGCUUCCCUCAGCCUUUCAGUUCGCCUCCUCACUCCUACUGCCCCGCAGUGGCAUUCAUGAGGCCUCCACCUUCGACGACACAUCAGAGGGGGCAGUGCACUAUUUCUACGACGAGAGCGGUGUGAAGAGGUCCUACACAUUUGGACCUGCUGGAGGCGGUUAUGAGGACCCAGUUCAGGAAAGGGAACGAGAGAGACAGUCCCAGUCCUCGAGCUUCACCUCCACUGAGGUCCAGGAAGGGGCACCAGUCCUGUCCAUGCUCCAGCCCAGACCUGUUGUUUUACAGGGCAUGCAGGUGCGCAGGGUGCCUCUGGAAAUGCCUGAGUUCGAUCUGGAUCACGAGUCUCUACAAGAGUCCCAGGAAAACACUCUGAUGAUUGAGGAGAAAGCCAAACCUAAACAGUACUAUCGCUUUUGGGUGCUGCCCGGGAAGUGGCUGAGGGUUCGAUAUGAUCGAUUGGCUCUUCUGGCCUUAUUGGACAGGAACCGCCGCGUGGGAGAGAACGUGUUUGCUGUGGUGCUGGCCAGUCUGGUGGCCUUCUUGGGGUUUCUCCUGCUGCUCCAGGGCUUUUUCAGGGACAUCUGGGUCUUCCAGUUCUGCCUGGUCAUUGCCAGCUGCCAGUACUCUUUACUGAAGAGUGUACAACCAGAUGCAGCCUCUCCCAUGCACGGCCAUAACUGGAUCAUCGUGUACAGUCGGCCGGUCUACUUCUGCUUGUGUUGUGUGAUGAUCUGGAUCUUUGACCUAUCUGGGCGCUCUGGCAGCCUGCAACCCUUCUCCCUCUAUGGUGUCACCUUCUUCUCUGCACAUUUCCUGCUCUGCGUCAGGGAUAUGCUCAUCGUGUUUGCCUUGUGUUUCCCGGUCAUUUUCCUGUUUGGGUUGCUACCUCAGGUCAACACUUUUGUAAUGUGUCUGCUAGAGCAGAUCGACAUGCACAUUUUCGGUGGAACUGCCACUACCAGCCCCCUCUCAUCUCUGUUCAGCCUCAUACGCAGCAUGUUGGUGGCUGCUCUGCUGUAUGGAUUUUGCCUCGGUGCCAUCAACGCACCGUGGGGGGAAGCCCAUGUGCCAGUACUGUUCUCUGUGUUUUGUGGCCUACUCCUGGCCUUAUCCUACCACCUCAGCCGCCAAAGCAGCGACCCCACCAUCCUGUGGUCACUCGUCCGGUCAAAAUUAUUCCCUGAGUUAGAGAACCGAAUACCAGAAGAACCCCCUGUUGAGAUCAAGGACCCUCUUCCCGAGAAGCUGCGUAACUCUGUGAAAGAGAUUCUUCAUUCAGACCUCGUCAUGUGUCCCCUCAUGGCUGUGAUUACCUUCGCCAUCAGUGCCAGCACAGUGUUCAUCGCUCUUCAACCUCCUCUCAGCUACGUCCUGUACAUCCUGGCCGGAGUCGUAGGCUUCAUUACACACUAUCUCCUGCCUCAGCUCCGCAAGCAGCUGCCAUGGUUCUGCCUGGCUCACCCUGUGCUCCGCUCCAGAGAGUACAGUCAGUUUGAGGUCCGAGAUGCUGCUCAGUUGAUGUGGUUCGAGAAGCUGUAUGCGUGGUUGCAGUGUGUGGAGAAAUAUUUCAUCUACCCAGCUGUGGUGCUUAAUUCGCUAACAACAGAAGCCCAAAGUGUUGGCCAGUACCAUAAAGAGCGGGACAUCUACAGCCGAGCCCUUUUCAUCUCAGUAGCGGGCAUGAAGUUGCUGCGUUCAUCCUUCUGUGCCCCGUCGCAGCAGUACGUCACGCUGUGCUUCACCACGCUCUUCUUCCACUUUGACUACCCACACUUCUCGGAGACCUUCCUAAUAGACUACUACUUCAUGUCCAUUCUCUUCAGCAAGAUGUGGGACCUGCUGUACAAGCUGCGCUUUGUGUUGACUUACAUCGCCCCGUGGCAGAUCACCUGGGGCUCAGCCUUCCACGCCUUCGCUCAACCCUUUGCAGUGCCCCACUCUGCUGUACUUUUUGUCCAGGCCAUUUUUUCUGCCAUCUUUUCCACCCCUCUCAAUCCUGUCCUGGGCAGUGCUGUGUUCGUCACCUCGUACACCAGACCUGUAAAAUUCUGGGAGAGAGACUACAACACCAAGCGUGUCGAUCAUUCCAACACCAGACUUGCCACACAGUUAGACCGCAACCCAGGUGCCGACGACAACAACCUGAACUCGAUUUUCUACGAGCACCUGACACGCUCCCUGCAGCACAGCCUUUGUGGAGACCUGCUGCUCGGCCGCUGGGGCAACUACACCACAGGCGACUGCUUCAUCCUCGCCUCAGACUACCUCAACGCUCUGGUGCACAUCAUCGAGAUCGGCAAUGGCCUGGUCACCUUCCAGCUGAGGGGUCUGGAGUUCAGAGGCACCUACUGUCAGCAGAGGGAGGUAGAGGCCAUCACAGAGGGGGUCGAGGAGGACGAGGGCUGCUGCUGCUGUGAACCCGGUCACCUUCCUCACAUGUUGUCGUUCAAUGCUGCAUUUGGGCAGCGCUGGCUGGCCUGGGAGGUGGCUGCCACCAAGUAUGUACUAGAGGGCUACAGUAUCAGCGACAACAAUGCAGCGUCCAUGUUGCAAGUAUUCGACCUUCGCAAGAUCCUCAUCACAUACUAUGUCAAGAGCAUCAUCUACUAUGUGAGUCGAUCUGCUAAAAUGGAAGAGUGGCUGACUAAUGAGACGAUUCAGGAGGCUCUACGACCUUGUCUCGGGCCUAACUACGUAGACAGCGACCCUACCUUCAACCUGAACAUCGACGAGGACUACGACCACAGGGCCUCCGGCAUCACACUUUCCUCAUUCUGCAUGGUGUACCUCGACUGGAUUCAGUAUUGCAACAGCAGGCGUCAAACGCCGGUGACAUGUGAAAGAGAUUCUCCACUUGUCAACCUCUGUUUUGGGCUGUGCAUCCUGGGAAGACGAGCUCUGGGCACGGCCUCCCACAGCAUGUCUGCAAGCUUGGAGCCGUUUCUCUAUGGCCUCCAUGCACUCUUCAAGGGGGACUUUCGCAUCACGUCUCCCAGAGAUGAAUGGGUGUUUGCAGAUAUGGACCUGCUGAACCGCGUUGUGGCACCAGGAGUGCGGAUGUCCCUCAAAUUGCAUCAGGACCACUUCACAUCUCCGGAUGAGUAUGAGGACCCUAUGGUUCUUUAUGACGCCAUCACUGCCAAUGAGGAGAAGAUGUUGAUAUCACACGAGGGCGACCCCGUUUGGCUGUACAUCUGCAACAGCAUUUAUGGCUGUGCAGUUCUUGUGAUCAAGAUCCAGUACUAA